AUGUCCAAUGCUGAGGGCAGUGCAUUACCCAUCAAUGAACAGGCUGAGGGCAGCCACAAUCAACUGGAGGAGAAGCUAGUGGCUCUCAAAUCUAGGUGUGCCCCUAAAGAAAGGCAGAUGAACUAUUAUGUGGCUCAAGGAAGAGCAAUUAGGUGUGUUGUUGCUCGAUUUGAUAGCCUUGAGGAUCUAGUUGCUGAAAAUGACCGGAGGUAUGACACUGAAGAGGAUGUAGAAACUACCAUCAAUCAAGAUUGGUUGCAGGUAGGCUACAUCACGUUCACGCAUACCAUGCGGUGGUUUCACAAGAAGGCUAUGGAGCUGGAGUAUGAAGAAUACGCACAAAUUUUAAAGAUGGUUGAUUUCCACAAUGUCAAUGGUUGCCUUGGGGAUGAUACCUCCAAACUGAAGGCUCUUGUUUCUGAGUGGGUCAACCAUGAAUUCAAGCCCAAUCCCCUGGUUGAUUCAGAUGACAAGCAUUCCUGUGGGUUCAUCAAUGAUGCGUGCAGUAGAUUACUUUGUCCUUCAGAACUUGAUUGGAAUAAUCCAGCUGUAAAGGCAGGCAUUUGA